UGGAUGUGUUCUGGGGCCUGUCCAAGGACCAGCUGGUGAAGCUGCUGCGGAGCGAGGAGUUGCGGAUCGAAGAUGAGUACCAGGUAUUCACGGCAGCCAUGGACUGGGUCCUUCAGGACGUGGCCAAGAGGAAGAAACGUGGUGGAGGUGCUGGACCCAGUCAGGUUCCCCCUGCUCUCCCCACAGAGACUCUUCGAGUACAUAGGUGGUUGGGUUGGAUCAGAGAUUGGGAAGACGAUGGAGCGGUACGACCCGACAGAGAAUAAGUGGGAGAUCAUUGGAAGCAUGGCAGUGCCUCGAUACUACUUUGGCUGCUAAUUCAAUUCACUUUCUUUAUCCCAAAAUGGGCAAUUAUAUCUGGGCAUGAAAGUUACAGGCUGACAAUGCACAACAAGACAUUUCUAACGAAACAUACCAUAUCAAUAUAAUU